AUGGGGGUCAGCUGCACGAUCAAGCUUCGCAACACGGUCGCCACGCACUUGCAGCCUUCGAUCCCUGGCAACCUCAACAGAGCGAAGAGGGAGGAGUUGGUGCGGUGGGGAACCCAGCAGAUAGCUUCAUCGCCUGCGCGCACCGACCUGCACACCGGCGAAGGCGGCACAGAGCCGCUUGAGGGCCGAAACGUAGCACGACUCGAGAGCGAGAUGUUCUUUUCUCACGCGCUCUCCACCACCACUCCGGACACUGUCGAGUCGCUGUUCAGAAGGCUGCGUGGUGAGCCCACCGCCUACAUUCUCGGACAGCGACAGUUCUGGGGGUUUGACUUCACGGUCUCGCCGGCCACACUCAUCCCUCGGCCCGACACCGAAACGGUACAGCGAACGCUUCGCUCCCCGAUGCGAUCCGGGUGCAUUCUGCUGUCCCUGCUCUCCGAGUUCAAGGAGGCGCGCGGGGUGGGCGUAGACCGAAGCCCGCAGGCUCUGCAGGUGGCCCGCAUCAACGCUCACCGUAUGAGACUCACCGAAAGAUGCACAUUCAUUGAAAGCGACUGGCUCGACAAGGUGGAUGGAAGCGAGCGCUUCGACUUGGUGGCAAGCAACCCGCCCUACAUACCGCGCGCAGACCUGGCCAGCCUCGAACCCGACGUGAAGGACGGCAAGCGACAACAAUGGCGAAUGCUGACCUCGCCCGUCUUGCAGUUUUGA